ACCAUUGCCGUCGUUCCGUUUGAUCCUUUCGACUGUUUUGUAACGUUUUCCUUUUCUCGUGUUGGGUUUCGUUCGUCUUUUCUUUACACCAACACUCACGAGUGUACCCGUAACAGUCGCAGUAGCAACAGUAGUAGUAGUAGUCCAGCCCUAGUCCCAAAAUGUCCCAAGCCAGCAACAGCGCUCCGUACGAUAUGCAGAUCAAACUGCUCAUGAUUGGCGACUCCGGUGUCGGUAAGACGUGUUUGUUGUUGCGGUACGCCAACGACAGUUUCUCGCCAACCUUCAUUACGACCAUCGGCAUUGACUUCAAGAUCAAGAACGUGGACGUGGAAGGCACGCGCAUUAAGUUGCAAAUCUGGGACACUGCCGGACAGGAACGCUUCCGCACCAUCACGACUUCCUACUUCCGCGGAGCGCAGGGAAUCCUACUCGUCUACGACGUCACGGAUCGACGCAGCUUCGAAAGUAUCCGCAACUGGAUCUCGCAAAUCCAGCAGCACGCCGACGUGCACGUCAACAAGAUACUGGUCGGGAACAAGUGCGAUAUGCUCGACGAAAAGGUCGUCUCCACGGAAGAAGGACAAAAGCUGGCUUCCGAAUUCGGUAUUCCGUUUUUCGAAUGCUCCGCCAAGAACGAUAUUCACGUCGAGAGCUCCUUCAUGCACAUUGCCAAGGCCGUCAAGGACCGCUUGAAGGCGGACGGACAAGGCGGACCCUCGGCCAAGACCGGACUCAACCUGAAACCCAACCAAUCCGGUGGCAAAGACAAAAAGUGUUGCUAAACAAUGAUUUCUCCGGAGGAAGGUCGCAACGAAAGGAGGAACAUGGCGAGUGGAGGCAGUCAAUGCGUGCGGGUGGGCGGGCGUGGGUUUGGAUGAGUGAUAACGCUAGAAGUGUAGGUGAGCCAGCGAGUUUCCAACCAACCAACCCAUCGAGUUUUUCUUUCUAGAAGAAGCAAAAAGUAUUU